GUAAUCCUAAAAUUACAGAAACGGUUAACAAUCACGAUUCAUACAAUCACGUCAAAUAAAACAUCUUUUCUGACAGAAGCUCUUUUCUCUUAAAAUGCUUUUUAGAACUUGUACUAUGCUUAUCGUUUAUAUAAAAAAAAAGUAUUACCGUAAUGCUGGAAUGAAAUGUUUUUCGUAUUCCGGUUGCUCUUCAGCUUAUUUCCUCGCGAUUACUGUGCGACCUUGUAUUUAUACGCCUGUGUUUUAUCCAAGAAAUUGCGUGAUUUACAUUUUUCAAGAAAACAAGUUGUGAAUACGCACAAGUAUGCGUAUUCACCAUACUGUCUGUAAUACGUGAGAAAUUUCUUUUCAUAGCAGGGGAACAAAAUCUCGGAAAGAGAAACUUUCGCCUCUUUUACUUUCUCUCUUCCUCCAAAAUCCCCUCUUUCUCAAAACCCGCAAAACUUUUCUUACGAUCACUGAGCAUGCUUUAACGUUCGGCAUACAGCAUACGUUCGUGUAUUGCCACCUGUGUUGUUGCCUGAAUUUUUAAUGGAAAUAACACGGUGCGGUAAACCGUCGGUUUAGCCAACUAUUCGAGAGGGUCCGCAACCCGGAAACUUUUUUCCUCGAACAUGUCUAUGCCAUGAUGCAAUAGUGCAUGCAACAUGUACCUAACACGAUCAAAAUAUUUAAUAAGCAGUAGCUCGGGGGAGGAUACGUUUCACUCGCAUUCCGUUUUGAACUUUUAGUCUGUACACAGCUGCAAUAUCGUGCACAUCGCAUGUUUAAUCGGCUGUUUCUCAUAUAUUUCGAAACUCAUAUUUUAUUUCAGAGUUGAUGUCUUUUCAAAGUGCAAAGAUAUAGAGCAAAGACUAAUAACGACGAUAUGAAAUUAGAGAAUACAAUAAGUCAGGUGACAAGAGUCUGGCUAGAAAUUUUUGGCAUGUGGCCGAACUCUUCGUGUAUUUUUUUACGUAGAAUAUUUUGGGUUGUGGCACUUAUAUUUGAGCAAGUUGGUCAAUAUCAAUAUAUCAUAAUGCAUUUAUAUUCCACCGAGAUAUCCGAACUAAUGAAUCAUUUGAGUGCAGCAAUGUCGUUCACGUUAUUUUGUAUUAAACUCGUCGUUUUUUGGUAUAAACAACGAACGUUUAAGAGAUUAUUAGUGAUGAUGGCGAUCGAUUGGGAAAAGUGUUUUAAUGAGGAAGUUCAUAUAUUUGCAACGACAAACAAUGUUAAACUGUCACAGCGUUUCGCUAACAUGACAGUGGUUCUCUUUUCAAUAGCUGUGAUUUUAUAUAGCAGUAAUAUUCUUCAUACGGGUACCGAUAAAACUAGUAAUGCUUCCAUUACACAACCGCUUAUUCUAGAAAUGGAGCUACCAUUCCAUUAUAACAGAAGAUUCGUAUACGAAUUGGUUAUAAUUGCUCAAUUUUUUCAUUUGUGGCUGUGUUCUUGUGCGAUCGGCUUAUUAAACGCUCUGCUUAUAAAUUUGAUACUGCAUGUAAGUGGUCAAAUCGAUAUCCUUCGUGAAUGGGUGAUGAAAAUUUUUUCAAAGGAAAAAGGACGUGGCGCGAGUCUUUUUAUGAUAAAGAAAGCAAUUAGGAAACAUCAAAAAAUCAUCACCUUUUCGGAACACAUCGAAGACCUGUAUUCAAAUAUCGCAAUGGCGCUGUUUGUAUCGGAUACUCUAAUUAUCUGUUGCUUGGGUUUCAUAAUGGUUACAUCAAUCGGUACUUCUGAUGCUGCAAGAAUUAUAAUAAGAACUGUUUUAUUUUAUUUCGUAAUAAAUAUGGAAGCGUUUAUAUUCUGCUUCGCUGGCGAAUAUUUAAGUGCUAAGAGCCAAAGCAUUGGCGACGCUGCGUACGAUACCUGUUGGUAUGAUUCAUAUUCCACGGCCAAUCGAAUCAUACCGUUUUUAAUAAUGAGGUCACAAAAUCAAUUGACCAUUACAAUUGGGAAAGUUACAAAUUUAUCUUUGGAACGAUUUACUAAUAUUAUAAGAGUUUCAGCCUCCUAUGUAUCAGUUCUACUUGCCAUGUAUUGAAGUCCAGAACAUUGAAUUUCCAAAAAGAGCUGAUUAGUUGCAGAGAAUUAACACAUGAAUAAAAAUUAACGAAAACUGUU